AUGGAGUCGAGAGUAGAGUCCGGCAAACUUUUGAAAUUAAAACAACAACAACAAAAAAAAGUUUUUGUUUAUUUUGACUUGGAAGUGUUCGCUGCCUACCUAAUCCCUGGCACGAUUUUAGGAAUCGGCACCCUCGUGGCUGUAUCCUUCAGCGAUGAAGAUGUUUUCAAGGAUCCGAACGACUGGUCUCUUGGUCCCCGUAGCCCUGACGUUCAGGGUGUCCCACACUGUGGAGGGAGCAUCGACCUACCGCGGUCUCAGAGGACUCGUGGAAUCCGUUUUCAACCCCUAGUGGCGCCAGAGAGAGAUGAGGGAAUUGAGGUUUCUUCCUCAGUCUUCCCUAUGUGUUAG